GCGGCGAGGUUUGGCGAAGUUGUAGGGUUGUAAUGGCGACGUCUAACGCGUUGUCCGGGCCGCCGUGAGUGAAUAAUGCACCACGAAACGGUGCUCCGUUUUUUAUGUACGGAGCGACAAUCGAGCGAGUGGACGGUACGUGCACAUAACGUUUUGACGGCGUAAUUUUGACAGAAUCGCCGACGAGCGUCCCCCGUCACGAUGGAUCAGGCACCCGCAGACACAGAAUUACGGAACAUCAUAGACAAACUGGCACAGUUUGUCGCUCGCAAUGGGCCAGAAUUCGAACAGAUGACAAAGAACAAGCAGAAGGACAACCCAAAGUUCGGUUUCCUGUUUGGCGGGGAGCACUUCAACUACUAUCAGUACAAAGUGACUACAGAGCAAGCCAUUUUAAAGCAAAAAGGAAUAAAUCCAAUGCAAAAUGCAGACCCACGUUUAAACGUUUCGCAGCAGCAGCAGCAAACAGCCGCAAACGCCGUCUCGCAACCACUGAAUAACGUCAAUCUUGCAUCUGGUCUGAGUACUCAAAACAAUGGAAUAAAUCCGGUAGUCGGGAUCGGACCUCAGGUCGGAAGUCAGGGCGGUCCCGUUUUGCCUGGACAGAUCGGAGGGCCGGGAAAUGCAGGACCGCCGAUUGGACCGGUUUCCAACGCCAUGGGAGGUGUGAAUCCGCCGAUCACCGGAGUCGCGCAAGCAGUUAACAUCGCGGGCCCGCCCGCGUGGCUGCAGAAUGAGUUGGCGAAUCUACAAUCGCAGCAGACGACGUUGCAGGAACAAGUGAGACAAUCAGAACAGAACCUGGCUGCGCAGCAUGCUGCGUUAAUGGCACAACAGCAAGGAAGGGUAGAAGAUGCUGUGAGGCAGGCACAGGAACAGGCUUUGCAAAACAAUGCGCAAAACACAAACACAGACUUAGCUGCAUUUGAUACCGUGCUACAACCGAUCAUUGAUAGCUGCACGAAGGAUAGUAUAAGCGCAGGAAAGGCCUGGAUACUUCAGAAUUCACUCACACCGCAGAGUAAUCAAGUUGUUGCAGACCAUUUGCUGAAAAGAGUAAUUCAAGGGACAACCUUCAGUCAUAAGUUACACAUUAUUUAUUUGGUGAAUGAUGUAUUGCAUCACUGUGCAAGAAAAAAGUCUGUGGAUCUUCGCAAAGCAAUGGAAAGUGUUGUUGUUCCCAUGUUCUGUAACACUUCACUAGCAGCAUCUGAAGAACAGCUUAAUAAGCUAAAUAAACUAUUGAGUUUAUGGGAAUCAAAAAAUAAUUACUUUGACGAAGGCAUCAUAGAUAAGUUAAAACAACCGAGCGCAUCCUGGUCAGAGUACCAAGCUAAUUUGGUAGCGCAACAUGCGACCGCAAUUACUCCUAUUACAGCAUCGACGAAACAAACAUUCGAUAAUUAUCAAGCACAGCAUCAAGCAUUUGUCACUCACGCAUUGAGACAGAUCCAAAAUCUCGAACAACAAAAAAUAACGAUAGAUCAACAAUUGAAAGCUCCACCGCCACCACCACCUCAAAUGAGUCAGCAAAAUAUGUCAAUACCUAGUCAUUCUGGUCCGAACACGAUGGGUACAGAUGUAAAUUUCAGUCAACCACCUCCAGGAUGGGGUGUUCCUUCAAACGAACCGCCACCGUUUAGCAAUGUCCCUUUGCCAGAUUUUUCAAAGCCACCACCAGGUUUUGGACCGCCACCUGUUAUUCAUGAACCAUCGGUGGAGGAUUUGAUGCCUAGUAUGCCUUAUUUUGAGCUUCCAGCGGGUUUAAUGGUACCCCUAAUAAAGUUAGAAGAUGGUGAAUAUAAACCAUUGGAUCCAGAUGCGAUAAGACUUCCACCACCAGCUCCACCGAGUGAUCGUUUAGUUGCAGCUGUAGAAGCAUUUUAUGCACCACCAAAUCAUGAUUCACCUAGAGAUAGUGAUGGAUGGGAGAAAUUAGGAUUAUAUGAAUAUUAUAAAGCAAAAAAUGCCGCUCGCAAGCGUAAAGAAGAGGAUAUAGCUGCUGGUAUUAGGCAGAGAUCCAAAUCUCCAUCGCCAAUUUUACGACCGAGAUCUAAAAGUCCUAGUCCGCCAAAGAAACGCUAUCGGAGCAAGUCACGCAGCAGAUCGCGUUCGCGAUCGCGAGGCAGAAGUAGAUCGAGAUCGCCCGCAACUAAUCACAGACGCAAUAGUCGUAACAGCAAUCACAUUAAUAGAAGUCGGAGGAGAAGAAAUAGUAAUAAAGAUCGCAGUCCUGAUAGGAGAAUGGACAGGCAGGACAGAAGUCCAACUCCUCCCAGUUUUCUUGGCUCUACUUAUAGUAAAGUUCCACAAGAGAUUAGUUUAGACGAAAGCAAUAAAGGGCAUCAAUUACUCAAAAAAAUGGGCUGGAGUGGUGCUGGUCUUGGUGCGAACGAACAGGGCAUUGAGGCGCCCAUUUCAGGGGGCGAGAUUCGUGAUAAGAACGACCAAUACAAAGGAGUCGGUAUCAAUUUAAAUGAUCCAUACGAGACCUUCCGAAAAAAUAAAGGUCAAGCGUUCAUCACCAGAAUGAAAGCUAGGGCGGAGGAACGAGCCGAAGAGAGAGGGGACCGCGAUUGAACAUUAACAAAAUAAAAAUUGCGAAUAUUUACGAUAUUUUGUGAAUGAGACAAGUAUCUGGCACGAGAUAUUAAGAACAUUCUCGUUCUGCAUUAGAAAUCCAUUCACAAAAAGAACUAUGCUACCGCCUAUGAGGGCCGAUUUCAAAGAUCAACGUAAUUUUUCUCAAACAGUUAUCUUUCAUUAAUUCUGAAUCCCCAUUACACAUGUCAUCAAUUUUAAACUAUCACAAAUGAACGCUAAUUGUUUUACAUUGAAAUCACACUGAUUAUUUUCAUCAGGAGCUAUCUUACAAUUAAUCACAUUCUUACAAUUAAGCGACGAAAUUAAUGAAUUGUGUGGGGUUUAUAUAAAUUGUACAUUUUUAGAUAAAAUUAUGAACACGAUUAUAGGAUUUGUUUCAAAUAUUUGUAUAAUCUUUAAUGAUGAAACAAAUAUUGAAACUUGUGUUAUAUGACAAAAGAGAUCAACCAGAUCUAUAAUUGCAUAAUCUUAUAUUGGUAGUAUUUAAAACAAUUUAAGUGCACAAUUAACAUCUGUCGGCAGAAAAAUCUUCGGUCCUAUUUAAUAUAUUAAUUAUAUAUAUAUAUUCCACACAUAAUGAUUAAAUUUUGUUCCAUCUUUAUCCAUUAUCGGAUGAUAGGAUAAUCGCAAUUCACAAUAUGUACAGUACAAUUUGUUUUGUGCCGUAAAAUAGCGUGGGCAUAAAAAAACAUGUGAGAAAUAAGAAUACUUGUAUUUAGUGAGUUAACAAAUUAUAUUGGAUACACACUGAAUGAUAGCUCAAGAAUAAAAACUGUACAUUUAUUACGGAAGCGAA